GGAACACAAAGUUGACAAGACGUUCAGCCAUUUCCUGAAUGUUAUGUAAAAUUUGGUGACAGGCGAAUAUAUUUAUUUAACAAGAUUGUAUAUUAAUAGGCUGUUUUUAUUGACUAACAAUCUGAAGCAGUCUUUGCUUCUAUUUUCGGAGUACUGGUCAAACGUUGGAUUAAAGAAAAACUAUUGAAGGAUUAAGGAUUACAAUAUGUCUCCACCAACGUACGAUCCAAAUAUAAAACAGGAUACCAAAAUACAGAUACCGGAACAGGACCUGAAGAAACCAGAAAAACUCGAAUUCCAACCCUCAGACAAAGAGAACGAGAAUGACUUGAACGCCGAGAAAGAAGCUGAAGAUGCUAAACAUGCCAAGAAGAUUGAGAAGCAACAAGUGAAGAUCGUGAGGAAGCAGUUGAAACAUGAACGGAAGCAGGACAAACGGGAGUAUAAGCUGAAGCUAGCCCAGUGUAAGAUGUUGGUACGAGACCGAGUUGGUGGAGUAAGAAAGAGAUGUACCUGGUUAGUUAUACUCGGUGUUGCUGUGAUUAUUACUGCUGGUAUACUCGGUAUUUUCGCUAUUAAACAACAUUUUACCGCUGUACAUAAACAGGUUUUCAAACACCAAGCAAUCAUCAAUGGAAGAGCUUACCCAGAACUAGUUGAAGUAGACUACGAUAGAAAAUUAAUUACUAUCAAAAACGCUCGAUCAGGAAUUAUCUACCCUGCCGAUAUACUCAUGGAUUACAAGCAGUUAGUAGUAGCAUACAGAGAUCUCAACACCAAUACGUGUUAUAUUGAUAAACUUAAGAAACCAUUCGAUAAAACCUUGAAAGAUAUCGCUAAGAAACAGAAAGUAAAACCAAUUGAUAUGAGACGAGUUAUACCAAGUAGGGAACCAAUUGAACCAGGUUUAGUCAGACGAUUUGCUGGAGAUUUGAUUGAGAAACACUGCCAUGAUAUCCCAGCUUUCUGGAUAGUUGAUAUUAAACACGAUAUUAUACCUCUAGAAUUGGCACCAAGACCAGAUGCCCCUGUACCAGUUCCACCAGUAGCUCCUGGUCCCGGCCCUGCACCGGAACCCGAAAUUUAAAAUACAACCAAGCACUGUUCAUCGUCUACUAUUCUUAACUUCUGAUCAAAAUUCGCAAGUUAUACCAAAAUAUUCAAAAUAUUUAAAUUACUUCAACCUUCUCACAGAAUUAUGUUUGAUGAAAUCUUAAAGAAAAUAAAAUUUGAUUUUGAA